AUGUCUGCGUUGUUUAAUUUUCGUUCUCUUUUGCAAGUGAUAUUACUACUAAUUUGCUCAUGCACUUAUGUUCAUGGACAGUGGCCAUCUCUGUUAGAUCGCUACAAAAACCAUGAAGUUUUUGGUGCUUUCUGGAAAAUGGCACGUAUUGGUGAGAGGGCCAGUCCGUAUGUAAGUUUGGCAUGUAUUUUGAUGGCCAUCAGUCAGUUUAAUAGUUGA